GACUUCAGGGUCGGCGACGUCGUCAAAGUGAAGCCUGGCCUGAGCUACCGCGCGGACGGCAAGGAACUGUACAAGGACGGCGACCAGGGGCUGAUAUCUGGCUUCGUCCCAGGGGAUGGCAAGGACAGCAGGGCCGUCAUCCAGUGGACGCGCACUGGGCACAAGAGCGUGCUGGAGCUCCACGCCAUGCAGAACCGUUUCGUGCGCGUGCGGGAGGCUGAGGAGGAGUCCUCGCUGCCUGCCAUGAUCGUGGGCAGCACCACCGCUGGUUACGUGUUCGCGAUCGACCUCGACAAAGGAGAGGAGUUGUGGGCAACUUGGGCCUCGAACGAUAUCGCUGGGGUCAAGGGGGCGGUGGCCGCCAAGGAUGGAAUCGUAGUUGUCGCAACUGACAGAUGCACCGACCGGUACUGCUACAGGUACCGCAACCAGACCAUGAGCCUCUGGCCGGGCAAUGCAAUGGUACGGGGCCUGAGUGCCGCGGACGGCAGCGCCGUCUGGGAAUUCAAGACCACCGCGCCCGUUUGGAACAUGGUUCCGCUGUGGGGCCCCGACUCGAACGUGUUUUUCCAAGACUACGAGGGCAGGAUGUACAACCUGGACUUGCAGACUGGCGCCCUCAUAUGGAAGGCCGGUGGAAACAUCGGGACGAACACCAACGCAGCCGCCGUGUACGAUCCUGGCCACAACAUGGUGUUCGCCCUCGGCGUGGGCUACUACCAAAGCAAGUACUGCAAUCCUUACGUGGCGCCUGGCAUCCUGGUUAAUUGUAACACGUGGCCAGGCGUAAGGGGCUUUAUCCGUGGCUACAAUGCUACGUCUGGCAGACAACGCUGGGAGACUACAACGCCAGAGCCGCCAGCCAGCGCCGCCGUCGGCAUGCUCAACAGUCCAUCCGGUCACACUCGCUUGGUGGUCACCAUGGGCUACAACUGCCUUCACAACUCUCCCACCCAGCUCUGGUCCGUCGACCCUCACAACGGCCACCCUCGAUGGGAGAGGGACGGCCCGACGCUGUGGUCCAACCAGUGCGCUGGCGACAAGGAGGGCGCCGAUAUCCGGAGGGCUAUGGGCGGCCGCGCCGCCUGCGUGCCAAACAGCUGGUCCACACCAGCGAUCGAUUCGAACGGUGACGUGUACGUUGGCAACCAGGUCGGCGUAUUGCAGAAAUGGGGAUCGCCGACCGGGAGGACAGCGGACGUCGCGCUGCUCUCGACCUUGACCACCGGUCACGCCUUCCAGGAUGCAGCCAUCGCGUUCGGCGACGGCAUCAUGGCCAUAUCCACGUGCACCUCCCUCAUUGUCUUGCAGACUUGGACAGGCUACUUCGCAGACAACGUCACCGUAACGGCUCCGCCGAACCUUGAUGGCGAACCUUACGGCUACGACCCCACUCGCCCACCUGCAUGA